ACGGGGUUCGAGAGGGCAGGGGCGGAGGUGGUGCCGCGCGCGGCGUCAUCUCGUACUAAAAUAUUGAAUGGGUCCGUUGGCUCAUUGACGUUGCUGCUCAUCGCGUGCGUAUAUGCGUUAACGAAAGUGAGGAGACAGACGACAGUGACGAGCCGAUAGGAGGACUGGUGGUCGUGCUCGUCUAUGCUCGCGAACACACAUUUUCUCAGGAGCACGAAGCCCACGUUCCAAGAUGUUCGCGUAACCGAGCGAAGCCCCGAGGCCGUCUGUGUGUGCGCGCGCGAUAACCGCAUCAGCUUCGUCGAACGAAUUCCAACAUUACACAUCGUGUAGGCAGAUAAACCACAGGGAACGAGUGAAGCUGCCCUUGAGCCACCCUGGCGACCGAAGAAAUGGAUAAGAGAAAAUUGUCAACAUCGGGGGACUCCCUGUACGCUAUACUAGAAAUUCCAAAAACUGCAACAGCCGAAGACAUAAAGAAGACUUAUAGGAAACUUGCGCUUAAAUAUCAUCCCGAUAAGAAUCCCAAUAAUCCAGAAGCAGCUGAAAAGUUUAAAGAAAUUAAUAGGGCAAAGAGAAUCUUAACCGACUUAAGCAAACGCAACAUAUAUGAUAAUUAUGGAUCCCUUGGACUUUACGUUGCCGAACAAUUUGGAGAAGAAAGUUGUUUCUUCUUCCUUACAUCCAUGUGGGCUAAGUUCCUCUUAGUAUUCUGUUGCUGCGUCACCGGUUGCUGUUGCUGUUGCUGCUGCAACUUCUGUUGUGGCAAAUGUAAACCAACGCCGCCAGAAGAUAGCGGAUCGUAUCACAAUCUACAGUGGGACCAGAUUAAUCCAGAAGCCAAUGUAAUGACAAGUCAACCUCAAAGUGAGGAGGAGGGAGAGGAGAGUGACUUGGAGGCGGUGAUAUCGCAGCCGCAGGCCGCCCCAGCCCCAGGAGGCCCGGGACAGACGAGCCAGCAGCUGGCGUUCGCGAUGCCGGCACCACCCAAACCUGACGAGAACACAACCCUCAACAGUGGACGGGAGCGCGUCGUUUACACCCCCGCAUCUACAAAUCCAUUCGUGAAUCCCGAUGUAACAAGCGCUUCUGAAUUAAACAAGUGGUAAUCGGUGAAUCGAAGACUAGCCAACGUUAACGAUCAAACCCGACAGGAAUAUCGAUUCGUUGGACACUAUUCAAGUAUUCGUCCACGUAAUUACUUACAAAAUAUAUACACGCAACAUCUGAAGUAACAAUUAUUACGUUAAUAAAUGCAAUGUACGUGCGCGUUUGCAUGUGUGCUCGCGCGCACACGCGCACAGUAACAGAUAAGGAGGCAUUUAUGAUUGUGCGUGAGUAUAAAAUUAUACGAGCACACGGGCAUUUAAGCGCCUAUAAUAGCACGCGCGCGCAUCUUUCAGAAAAUGAAGUGCUAAAUAGAACGACCAAGCAGCAUGUGGUGGAAUCAUUACAAUAAUUGUUUCAUUUUUUUGUUAUAUAAAUGAAUAUAUUAAUACGUAUAUGCAUCA